AUGCAUUCUCUAUCUCUCUCAUUCGCCCUUCUUGCAGUGGCCACCAGCGUUCUUGCAGCGCCAGCCCUGGGUGCAUCUCCCAAUAAAGACGCAUUGGAGGAAUGCGAAGCCCGCCUGAAUGGCGAGCUGCCGUACUUCGUUCCUUCGGAUUUCGUGUUUUCGGGGAAUGUUCGUCGCUACUAUGUGGCGGCGGAAGUCCUUCCUUGGGAUUAUGCUCCGACAGGCUGGGACAACUGGCUUGGUGUCCCAAUGAACGAGUCCUUCCGAGCCCAGACAUGGGGAUACAUUCGAUCGAACACAAGCAUCGGCACCCAAUACGACAAGGCACUCUACAGGGGAUACACAGAUGCCACUUUCGAGGAAAGAACCGAGCAACCUCCCUGGCUUGGGUUCCAGGGCCCAAUAAUCCGUGCUGAAGUUGGUGAUAUGAUCGAGAUCAUGUUCGUCAACAAAAUGGAGCAUUUCUUCUCCAGCAUGCAUAGUAUGGGUCUGUACUAUACCAAGGAGUCAGAAGGCAGCGUUUACUACAAUGGGACCAGCAAUGUCACUAUUGGUGACGCAGUUCCUCCAGGUGGAUGCUUUGUCUACAAAUGGCUUGUUCCGGAAACCUCUGGUCCUAAUGGCCGCCACGAUAGCCGACUCUUGGCCUACCAUCCAUACGUCAGCAUGUACCAAGAUCAAGACGCUGGCUCCUAUGGACCGGUUAUCAUCUACCGUCGCGGGAGAAUGGAGACCGUGAUGAGGCAGAACCGUGAAUUCGUCCUUCUCUACACGGACAAUCAGGAGUGGAACUCGUUCCUUGCGCUGCACAACGUCCGGAAAUACCUCCCUGGUAUGGCGUCGCAGGUCAUGAAUUUGUCAGACCAGUAUCCACACAUCUCUCGUGGUCAGGGGAAUUUCAGUAUCUGGUAUCCUCAGCUCAUCAACACACCCAAGACCAACGUUACUCCUAAAAUGGCGCCAAAUUUCUUCCCCUUAAACGGCUACAUCUACGCAAACGGCCCAGCUUUCGAGAUGUGUCUCAACGAUAAUGUCAUCUGGUACCUUUAUGACAUGGGCUUCGACACACAUGUGUUCCACAUGCACGGCGACAAUGUCCUUGAUCCAGUCACCGGGGCCACUUUGCCCACCGUCACCCUGAAUCCCGGGCAAAUGACUACUGUCUUGAUGACUGCGUUGAACCCAGGUUGGUGGCAGUUGAUCUGCCAUUUUACUACACACCUGAGUAAGGGAAUGGAAUACAAUUAUAUUGUAUAUGGUGGGCCUUACGGCGAAUGUCCUCUUGAGCCUUUGGAGAAACCCUAA